AUGUCCCCGUUGGAAUUUGAGAAGCAAGGUCUAGGUGCUACCAAAACUUACACUGUUUCUUCAUUGACAAACUCUUUCAAAAAUGUCAAACUAGUCGUGCCUGGUCAAGGAGGACGUCGAAGAUCCAGUGUACUUCGACGAAUGUCUGUUGGACACCAAAUGGAUGCAACACCUAAAAUAAAGUUAGGCACUCAACCAUUGGAAACUCAGGUCUUCGACGACGAAUCUUCUGAUGAGGAAUUAUACAAGAGAUCAAAUUCAAAUAGGAGCUAUAAAAUCGGAGAUUUUCAGCCAUUGAAGGUUCUAGGACAAGGUGCAUAUGGAAAAGUUUUACUUGUUAAAAAUAAGUAUAACGGGAAGCUCUUUGCGCAAAAGGAGCUGAAGAAAGCUUCUGUUAUUAUGGAUAACAAAAACGUAGAAAGGACAUUUUCUGAGAGAACCAUUUUGUCGAAAAUAACAUCACAUCCAAACAUAGUCAAACUGUUCUAUGCAUUGCAUGAUCACUAUAAAUUAUAUCUGCUUAUGGAAUAUAUUCCUGGUGGUGAGCUGUUUCGGUAUUUAGUCCACGAGAAGUUUUUAAAUGAAAAAAAGACAAGUUUUUACAUAAUUCAAAUGUCGAUGGCAUUAAAGUUUUUACAUGAAUUUGGAAUUGUUUAUCGUGAUUUAAAACCCGAGAACUGUUUACUCGAUAGAGAUGGAUAUUUGAUUUUAACCGACUUCGGAUUAGCCAAAAAGUCGACUCAAGAUGAUAAUUCGUCGAACCGGUGCAACUCAGUUAUAGGCACACCGGAAUAUUGUGCUCCGGAAAUCUUGAAAGGUGAAAACUAUGGAACCUUAUCAGAUUGGUGGUCUUUGGGGUGUGUUGCAUUUGACUUGUUAACAGGAAACCCGCCAUUCACUGGGAACAAUCAUAAACAAAUCAUAGAUCGAGUCCUAAGGGAAAAACCAAAGUAUCCUUUUUAUGUUAGUGGCACAAGUAAAGAACUCUUGAAUAAAUUACUAGUUAGAGAUCCCAACAAGAGGUACAACGUUGAUUCUAAUUGGGACAAAUUUCAAAAAUUCCAGUUUUUCAGAUACUAUAACUUUGAAGACGUUGAAAAUAGGGUUGUUGAACCGCCAAUUAAACCGAAGAUUACAAAUUUGGAGAUGGCUGAGAAUUUUGAUGAUGAAUUCACAAGUUUGAAAAUAAGUGACUUGAAUGAACCAGUAGACAUCAAGAACGAAGCCACCGUUGACGACGCAUUCCUUGGCUUCUCGUAUACAGCUAGCAACUCUCUUAUUGACUCCUAUCUAUAA